AAAAGAACAAUUAUUUUUUCUUUCAUUUAAAAGUUGUCUUUGAUAAGAAUGGACUCUUUGCUUUUUCAAUUAUUGGAAUGAAAUGGUGUUCAUAUAUUGCUGCCUUCCACGUUGAGCUAAAACAUAAGGAGUUCAGCAGAAGCAAAGCUACCAUCUAUUGAGCUCGGCAAACAUGUGGAAUAACAUUGUUCCAGAGCAUUUAGAAACGCAUAAUCAUGAGAACUGGAGAAUUUGGAUGAAGAACUAUCUAUUGGCUCAUGAUCUCUGGGACGUUGUUGAAGCAACUGCAGAAACUCCUAAUCCAGAACAAGCUGAAUUUAAGGACUGGCAAAAGAAGAACGCUGCAGCUUUACAUGCAAUCCAUGUUUCAUGCUCCCUUGAUGUAUUUUUAAAGAUCAAAGAGAUAGAUUCAGCUGGUCUUUGUUGGAAUGCUUUGGCUGAUAUUAAGGUGGAAUGCAUGCAGGAGCCAAGGCCCAUGCUACAAUCAGGGACAGAGGGGGGGAUCUCAGGGGAAGAGAAGGAGAAUGUGUACCUUCAAUUUCGACCGUUAUGCCUAGCCAUAGAGAAUGGUGAUUGCAAAGCUGUUAAAGAAUUUCUUGAGGAAUGCCCAGAGGCAGUAAGAGAAAAACUUACAAUAUUUGGUGAUACAGCUCUUCAUCUGGCAGCCACUAACGGGAAUGUGAAGUUGGUGGAAGAGUUAGUAGCGUUAAUGAAAGAAGAAGACUUAGAAAUACUAGAUAAGAAUAAUGACACAGCCCUAAAUAUAGCUGCUGGUUCUGGAAUAUUAAGACUUGCAGAAUGCAUGAUAAACAAGAACAAAAAGUUGGCCUGUGUCACAGGAACUACCCAUAUCCCUGUCAUUGUAGCAUGUAGAACUGGCCAAAGGGAUAUGACUUAUUAUUUAUAUUCUGUCACUCCAUUCGACUUUCUACGUUCAGAAGUUGGUGCUUUUGGAUCUUUGCUUCUCCUUGAAGCUAUCGGCAAUCAAUUUUUUGACAUUGCCUUGGAUCUGGUCCAAAAUUGCCCAUUUAUGGCAAUUAGAAGAAAUCAUCGUGGAAUCACCCCUCUGAUUGAAUUCUCCAAGCUAACCCAUUUAUUCCCAGAAAGCAGUCGUCUAUCAUUUUGGCAACGAUGGAUCUAUUCAUGUGUCAAUGUGCAACAACGAGCUUCCUCAAAAGAUGUUCGAAUAUACAUUCCACAAUAUGAUCCAAACGAAGAGGGAAACUUUCUGAUGAGAGUGUUAAAUCAAUUGCGUUCUCUGGGUUCAAAAUUCCUGGAAUUAUCAGGAGUACAGCAGAUCUAUGAUUUGAAGUUGAUACACACCCAAGCUCUGCAACUUCUUAAUUGCAUAUGUAAUGGAGCAAUAUCAACUUUAGAUGACGAAAAGGUAGAGGAAUAUGGAAUAUAUGAAGCAUACUUUACAGCUAUCAGAAAUGGGAUAAUUGAAAUAGUUGUGGAGAUUAUUAAAGCUCAUCCACCACUAUUGAUUGUUCAAGCUUCAGAUAAUAAUACACUUCUGACUGCUGUCAAGUUUCGGCAAGAAAAAGUAUUCAGCCUUGUGUACGGGCUUGAUUCAAGGAAGAACAUUUUGCUUGUUGGCUGCGAUAAGAAUGACAACAACCUGCUGCAUCUGGCAGCCAAGUUGGCCCCUCCUCAUCGACUUGCUCGUAUCUCCGGUGCAGCUCUACAGAUGCAGAGAGAGCUGCAGUGGUAUAAGGAGGUGGAAAGCAUUGUAAAACCUUCAUAUAAGGAAGAUGUUAACAAAUGUGGGGUCAAACCUACUCAAAUGUUUUCAGAUACCCACAAAUUUUUAAUGGAAGAAGGAGAGAAAUGGAUGAAAGAUACUGCAACAUCUUGCACAGUUGUUGGUGCUCUUAUUAUUACGAUUAUGUUUACUGCAGCAUUCACUGUUCCUGGUGGUAACAUUCAAGAUACUGGAUAUCCAAUGUUUUUACAUGAAAAAGCAUUCAUGGUUUUCAUAAUAGCUGAUGCAAUUUCUCUCUUCUCUUCAUCAACAUCAGUGUUAAUGUUUUUAGGAAUCUUAACAUCUCGUUAUGCAGCAGAUGAUUUCCUCAAAUCUUUACCCACUAAGUUGAUCAUUGGUCUUUCCACACUUUUUAUCUCAAUUGCAACUAUGAUGGUAUCUUUUUGUGCUACACUUAUACUUAUGUUGGAAGGAGAAUUGAACCUUAUCAUUCCACUAGUUUUAUUGGCUAGUAUUCCUGUCACUCUUUUCAUAUUUUUACAGUUUCCCCUCCUUGUUGAGAUUUUUAUAUCCACUUAUGGUCCUGGUAUAUUUGAUAGGAAAAGCAAGUAUUUGCACAAAUAAUGUAAAUGUCAGCUUUAAGAGAUUGUUUAAAUUUAUGGCACAUUUCUGUUAUUGGCACAGGCCAAUGGAUGUUGUAUUUUUUUUUUUUUUUGAGAUGCGGGGAUAUUGUGGUUACAAUCCCUCUAAUCUCUUUUGAAAUUUGUAUGUAUUAUUUUAUUUUUUCUUUUAAUAAAAUACCUUACUUAAUAAUUA